AAAUGUGUAAUUAGACUUAACAAGAAGUUCCUGCAUGGUUAAGAAUGGACAACCCUGCAACAAUAGCCGCUUGUGCAUACCAUCACGAACUAAACAAAGACGUGCUUCUAACCAUCUGGGUGGGGUGCCGUAGCAUGCAAACACAAAGAAUAAAAAAUUUUUGGCUAAACAACACUGGUAAUCAUCCUGUAUAUACGUUUCACCGGGAGAAUAUAAAAUUUGACCGAUCAGAUUAGCAAAUCUGAAGAUUGGAUCACCUUAAAAAGGCGUUGAGGUGAUUAAUCUUUGUGAAACAGACAAUUACUAAUUUACGUGGGGCGAUCUCCGUUGUGGUACAAAAGUGAAAAAGUCAACUGAUUUUUUUUUAUUUUAGUAAAAUUCGCCAUUUUGUAAAAAUUCUAGCGGGAAAUCAACGCAUUUCACGGCAAAAUAUUAACUGAAACAAGCUAAUAUUGAACUAGGCACACCUGCAGGAUUUGGGGGAUCCUAGUUAAUUAUUUUAGUCACUGCUGUUUAUCCUUCUAGACUUGACCCCCGAGCCCUCAACCCACAGGAAAAGCAACUGAUCAUCUUGCAUUAAAAAUUUCCAU